AUGAUUGUUGAUGCAAGUCCCGUAGGACUUGGUGCGUUAUUAACACAAGAAGGCAAAGUCAUAUCGUACGGAAGUCGUGCGUUAAAUGAUGUGGAAACUCGAUACUCACAAACUGAGCGCGAGGCACUGGCAGUUGUCUGGGGAUGUGAGCAUUUUCAUCUGUAUUUGUUUGGACAAGAUUUCAAAGUCAUUAGCGAUCACAAACCAUUGGAAGCGAUUUUUAAUAAUCCGCACUCAAAGCCUCCUGCGAGAAUAGAGAGAUGGCGAUUAAAACUGCAACCAUAUCAUUUUAGGCUACAGUAUCGUCCAGGGAAAACAAAUGCAGCAGAUUACAUGUCCAGGCAUCCGCCUAAAUCAACACAGAUUAACAGUCUGUCAGACAUCGCUGAGGAAUACGUUAAUUACGUAACAGAGAAUGCCGUACCAAAAACUUUGACCUUAGCCGAAAUCAGUUAUGAAACCCAAAAAGAUCCUAUCCUUCAACGAGUAAUUGAAGCAAUCAUUUCCGAGAAAAAGAUUCCAGAAUCUAAAGUCCUCGAUAAAACAAUUGAAACUUUUAGACGAAGGCAAAAUGAACUAACUUUGCACCGAGACGGAAACCACAGCGUUCUACUCAUCGAAAACAGGUUGGUCAUUCCUAGACCAUUACAACAAACGGUUAUCAAAUUAGCGCAUGAAGGUCAUCAGGGGAUAGUCCGUACUAAACAGCUACUCAGAGAAAAGGUUUGGUUUGUCAACAUAGAUAAGCAAGUAGAAGAAUUCUGUAAAGGAUGCAUUCCCUGUCAAGCAUCAGUACCAGGACAAAAGUACACACCAUUGAAGAUGUCACCCCUACCCAACCGACCGUGGUCUGAGGUCAGCAUGGAUUUCUGUGGACCAUUUCCGUCCGGAUACUACCUAAUGGUCGUUAUCGAUGACUACUCCAGAUACCCUGUUGUCGAAAGUCUAUCAAAAUUAACAGCAAAGGCUGUCAUACCGAAACUUGACAACGUUUUCGCCUUAUUUGGAAUUCCAGAUGUAGUCAAAACCGACAAUGGACCUCCGUUUAACGGAUCACUCUUCAAGGAGUUCGCAAAACAUCUAGGAUUUCAACAUAGAAAGAUUACACCGUUAUGGCCACAAGCAAAUGGAGAAGCGGAACGAUUCAUGAAGACCAUUGGAAAAGCGAUUCGAGCCGCAGAUGCAGAACACAGAAGCUGGAAACAAGAGUUAUACAGUUUUUUGCGCAACUAUAGGGCGACGCCACAUGCAACAACAAGCGCAACACCCGCGGAAUUACUACUAGGGAGAAAAUUAAAAACAAGAAUUCCCGAGAUUAUUCCAUCAUUCAAAAACACGGAAAUAUCACGUAAAGAUAAAAAAGAAAAAGAAAAAAUGAAGAGGUAUGCAGACAUUAAAAGAGGAGCACUGGAUCAUAAGUUGCAGCCGGGAGACAAAGUUCUUGUAAAACAACAAAAACAGGACAAACUAUCAACUCCAUACAGUCCCGAGCCGUACGAAGUAAUUAAACAAGAAGGCUCUAUGAUAACCGCUAAGAAUGAUAACAAAGAAGUCACCAGAAACGCAUCAUUCUUCAAGAAAAUUAAAGAAAACGAAAGGUCAUCCGAGGUACCAGACGAUUCGAGUGAUGAAUUAAUUACUGCACAGCCGGAGCCUAGACGUUCAACUCGCGAGCGCAGACCACCAGCGCAUUUGAAAGAUUACGUGUGCGCAUAG